AACUCAGUUAUUUGACUUUUUCCAUAGAUGGAGUUGGCAAAAGAAGAGAAAUGUGAGUUCCUGCCCUUCCUGGCCCCCAGAAAAGUGACGACAAAGAAUGGAGUGAUUACGGGGAUGGAGUUUGUCAGAACAGAGAUGGAUGAUGAAGGGAACUGGGUGGAAGAUGAGGAAGAGAUCAUCUGCAUCAAGGCUAAUUACAUCAUCUCAGCAUUUGGCUCAGGACUGACGGAAACAGAUGUUAUUGAGGCCAUGAGUCCAGUCAAGAUGAACAGAUGGGGAUUACCAGAGGUGGAUUCCAAGACAAUGCAGACCAGUGAACCCUGGGUAUUCUGUGGAGGGGAUCUAGCAGGGGUGGCCCAGACAACAGUGGAGUCUGUCAAUGACGGAAAACAAGCAUCCUGGUACAUCCACAAAUAUCUGCAGGCUUUACAUGGAAUUCCAAUUCCGUCCACACCAUCCCUGCCCAAGUUCUUCACCCCCAUUGAUAAGGUGGACGUGAGUGUAGAAAUGUGUGGGUUGAAGUUCCCCAAUCCUUUUGGUCUGGCCAGUGCCACGCCCACCACCAGUAGUACCAUGAUCAGGCGGGCAUUCGAGGCUGGAUGGGGAUUCGCACUGACCAAAACAUUUUCUCUUGACAAGGAUAUUGUGACAAAUGUUUCCCCAAGAAUUGUGAGGGGGACCACCUCAGGUCAUAUCUAUGGUCCAGGACAGGGCGCCUACCUCAACAUAGAACUGAUCAGUGAGAAGACAGCAGCCUACUGGUGUCAGAGCAUUACAGAACUCAAAAGAGACUUCCCUCAACAUAUUGUGAUAGGCAGUAUCAUGUGUAGUUAUAACAAAGAGGACUGGACUGAGCUAGCCAAGAUGGCCGAGAAAGCUGGUUCUGAUGCACUGGAGUUGAAUCUGUCUUGUCCCCAUGGAAUGGGAGAAAGAGGAAUGGGACUGGCUUGUGGACAGGAUCCUGAGUUAGUUAGAAACAUCUGUCGCUGGGUGAGAGAGGCCGUCAAAAUCCCAUUCUUUGCUAAACUGACCCCAAACGUGACCAGUGUUGUCUCCAUUGCCAAAGCAGCAAAAGAAGGUAAUGCUGAUGGGGUGACUGCUACAAACACUGUGUCAGGUCUGAUGGGCCUCAAAAGUAAUGGUUUAGCUUGGCCCAAUGUUGGUAAGGAACACCGUACAACCUAUGGGGGCGUGUCUGGUAAUGCUAUCAGACCUAUUGCUCUCAGGGCUGUAACAGCCAUCGCCAGGGAACUCCCAGGAUUCCCUAUUCUGGCCACCGGGGGAAUUGAUUCAGCAGAGGCAGGGUUACAGUUCUUACAAGGAGGAGCCACUGUUUUACAGGUGUGCAGUGCCAUUCACAACCAGGAGUACACCAUUAUUGAGGAUUACAUCAUAGGAUUAAAGACCCUCCUCUACCUCAGGAGUAUUGAGGAACUUCAUAACUGGGAUGGACAGAGUCCCCCUACUGAACCCCAUCAACUGGGAAAACCUGUACUGAAGGUCAAAGAUAUCAUUGGAGAGAGUCUGCCAUCGUUUGGACCAUAUUUGGCCAAGAGAGAGGCACUGAAAGAUGAGAUUUGCCAGAAGAAAGAUCUGCUGAGUGAAGAGAAUAUGCCAGAAGCCCAGAGACCUCCUAAUGCUCCAAAGAAACCUAUACCCAGUGUUAAGGAUGUGAUUGGUCUGGCUUUGUCCAGGAUUGGAACUUAUGGGGACCUGAACAACAAGGAACAAGUGGUGGCCUUAAUUGAUGAGGAGAUGUGCAUUAACUGUGGAAAGUGUUAUAUGACUUGUAAUGACUCUGGAUACCAGGCUAUCAAGUUUGAUCCUCAGACCCAUCUUCCUACAGUCACGGAUGAUUGCACAGGCUGCACUCUGUGUCUGUCUGUGUGUCCAAUUAUUGACUGCAUCACCAUGGUACCCAGGACAACCCCUUACAUACCAAAGCGAGGCAUACCCCUGAACACAGGGAAAAACCUAAUGCCAGGGGUCACCUUGGAGACCAAUUGAACAAACCUAUUUCAAGGAAAAUUUGAAGAGUUUGUCUCACAUUUAUAUAAGAUGCGCUAGUUGAUAAAGGAUUUAAAAUUGUGGUUAAGUCUAGUCUAUAAUUAACUUUCUAAUCAGUAAGUGAAUCUAGGUUGUCUAAGAUUUUGUCAUUAAUUAAAAAAUUAUGUAGACAUUUGUAUGUGUAGUUAAAGACAAAAUCAUGUUCUUGAAACUUCAUUACUCAACAGAAAGCUGUAUAUUUUAUUUAUUUUUUUUUGGGGGGGGGGUGUCAAAAUUAUGAACUAAAUCCCAAUAUGUAUUUUUUCUCAAAGUCCUUAAAGGUCUUUUUAUAAGUGUUUAGAGAUUCCGUAACAGUUAAGUAAACAUCAUAUUAUGACAAAGACAAUUUUUUUUCCUUGCGAGUACAGUAUUUGCUGUAUUGCACUUUUUAGUAUAAAAUAACUCAAUAUUAAAUUUAUACAGUGUAUGUAUCUUUCUCUCAGAAUAUGGCUGGUGUCAUAGGUGCUAUAUAUUUCUUAUUAUUAUAUUGUAAUUCUAUCUCCUUGUUUUUAUUAAGUACAUGAAUGUUUGUGAAGUAUUAUACAAUAGAUUGCAGGCUUAUCAAUUCUGCAGACUUCUUGAAAUACGCAAUCCCAAAAAAAUCUUAUUUAUACAAAAUGUCAACAUUUUGUUUUGUCACAUUAACUUUAAAUUUGUGUUUGAAAUCCAUUUUAUAUAAAUUUUGUAUUGUUUAUUUAAUACAAUUUAGUAUUGAAUUUGCAUAGAGGGAAAUAUCUUUUUUGUAUGUUGUAGUAUAUGCACAUAUAACUACAUUUUCAAGUUAAUUAGAGUCUAUUUACAUAGGAAAAGGGUACAUGUAUUACUCAGGCCAGGACAAAUGUACAAAUUUGCAUGUUCUGAUUGUUAACCAUAUCUAGUCGUUGAAUAAAAUAAAAUUUUGCAUGCAA